AGAAGAGAGGAGAGGAGCCAAGUUCCAUGGGGCACUGGAAUCGAAUCAAGAUUGCCAAAUGCCAGAUACUCAUCACCAACUUCUUGGUCUUGCUGCUGGGCCUCUCUACGGCCACCAUGGCAGUUGUCACUCACUUCGGAGACCACUUUACAGUCAUUGGACGUGUACCCUUGGAGAAGAACCCCUAUGAAGCAAUGCACUAUUGGGUUUUCUACAUGGGGAUCGGCCUAGCAGGGCUAUUGAGCCUGGGCGCUGCUCUGAGCACCAUAGCCACUGUGAGGGAAGCCCACGGCCUCAUGGCUGCGGGUUUCCUGUGCUUUGCCUUGUCAUUCUGUAUCUUGGUGCAGGUGGCCUUCUGGAGAUUCUACAACCCCACCCAGGUGGAGGAUGCUGUGUUGGAUACCUAUGACCUCGUGUAUGAUCAGGCAAUGAAGAGCCCAUCUAGCAGCUGGUGGCAGGAACUGGCCAUCAUCCAGGACACGUUUCUGUGUUGUGGGAAGAAAUCUCCUUUUGGGCUUCUGUCGAGCACAGGAGCCAACAUGUGUCAAGGCCAGGAAGCCAUGAGAGAGGACUGCCUACAGAGCAUCAGGAACUUUCUGUGGACACACUACAGUAUCGCCUCCACCCUGACCUGCAUCAGCCUGGCCCUCACGGUAUAUGCUAUGAUGCUCUGCGCCUUCCUCUGGUUUGCCAUUCACUCCUACUGUGGCUUGGAUCGGAAAGGCAGAUACACCCUGACCCCACGAGCCCGUGCCUGCCAGCCUCAGGAACCCAGCCUCUUCAGAUGGACCCAAGGUGGGCUGGUGCCUCAGUGUCCCCCUGAAGCACACACGAGCACUAACUAUUCAACACCCCUCUGAAGCACAGGUGUUUGCUAACCAUGGGGUCUAGCAGGAUGCUUGCUGCCUGCUCACCCACAGAGAUGAAGACUGGCCCUGAGCCCUCCACAUGAUCCUCAAAGGACUAGAUAAACUUUGUCUUCCACAUGGUGGGGCAAAGGAAGGGGAGAAGAUUCCACCAGGUGUGUUAGUUAUUUUCACAUUGUUGUGGCCAGAUACCUGCCAGAAAGAGGAAAGAUUUAUUCUGGCUCAUGGCUUCAGGGAGAUUCUGGUCCAUCACAGUAGGGACGGCAGGGAGGGGUGGCUAUGUCUAUGGCAGCAGGAAUGUAAGGUAGAGUGACUUAUUUAAAUGCUGGAGGCUGGAUGCUGAGGUAAACUAACCUCCUCUGGGUCACUGUGGAGCAAAAGAGGACUUUGGCUCCGUAGUCACGAUAAGGACAUGUGCAGAACCACAUGGUGAUAGCCAGGCUUUGGGUAAUGGCCACGGGGCUGCUAAUGCUCCUUAGUUUAGAGAGGAGAGGUCACUGUAUCUUCACCUGGGAUUCUAGCUACUUCUCCCUCCUGCCCAGUUAGGAUGCUGGGGUAUAAAAAGUUAGCUGAAGCCAGGAUUCCAUGCCCCAGAACACUUGAGGUCAUCACCUAUCAUGAGGCAGGACUUUUAGGUGAUGAAGCUGUUUUGGGGUCAUCCACCCUCCUUGUAAGUAACUCUCAUCACCCCCCAAAUAAAGUCA